AUGCUCUUGAAGAGCGUCACCCUUUACCCACAGCCUGUGGGGGAUUGGGAUGAGGAAGAUCGUCGGAAGAUGGAAUUGCGUGCACAGCAGCUGGAACAGGAGAGGCUUCUGCUGGAGCAGGACGUGGAGCGGCUCAUCCGGAAGAGUGAAGCACAACAGUACUUGCAGCUUGUGACUGUUGCUGUGCUCCUGGUCCUUGUCUUGGUCCUGUGGUUUAUGGGGUGGGAAAGGAGCCUGAGGAGAGAGGAGAAUGAAGAAGGAAAUAAUGGCGCAAAUGAAGAGGGAGUCAGAAAUGGGGCUGCAAAUGGAGAAGAAGCUGUUGGAAAUGAAGAAGACAACGCGAACCAGGAGGAAGGCAACGAUGAUGGCAACGUACAGGAAUUUGAAGGUUGGAGUCCCCGUGAGCAGGAUGUUGUCUACCGCGUGCUUGUACCCAUGACUCCUCCCCGAGGCCACAGCUUCCACCUGGAGCUGGACACUGCAGGGCAGAGACAGGUGAGGAACUUCCGUGUCCGCGUGCAGCUGGAGUGCACCUGCACAAGGGAGCAGCAGGGGGAGAACAUGCUGUGCUUCCUGCACCACCCUGAGGAGGAGCUGAGGAGGAAUCAGGAUCCCAGCCUCCUGGACACCCUGUGCACCGGCUCCUACCUCGACGUGCAGAAAACGGCCCGCUGGUUCCACCAACUGGUGAGAGCAAUCUGGCCAGCUUUGCCUCAGUCACACAAUUGGCAUUUAACACUGCUGCCCUCCAGACGCUCCUGCCAAUUCAAGGUGACCAACGGAGAAGAGAGCUUCAGGAUUGAGAUGUGGUUUGGAGUGCGGAGAGACGACUCAGACAUCUUUGUGAGCAGCCAGCCUAGAGAGGCCCACACCCCAAGAACAACCUGGCCUGAGACUUAUGCUGUGGCAGAGACCCAGUUCUUCAAGCUCAUUGCCAGCGAGGCCCCCCCCGGCAGUUUGCACCUCAAAUGCCUGCAGUUCUUCACCCGUUUCCGGCUGGGCUUCUGCUUUUCCACCUACGCCAUCAAGCUGAUUAGGAUACUGGAAAGGCCUUGGUAUUCGCUCAGUUUUGAAAUGGAGAUGUGA